AUGGCAUCUCUUGGAGAAGAAUCAGAAGAUAAACCUAAUGAUGAUACCCUUAAAUUUAUGGAGCUUGCUAUAGAACAGGCAAAGCUUGCUUUGGAUAGCCUUGAAGUUCCUGUUGGCUGUGUGAUUGUUGAAGAUGGGAAGGUCAUAGCUUGUGGAAGGAAUCGAACUAAUGAGACACGAAAUGCUACAAGACAUGCAGAGAUGGAAGCCAUUGACAUUCUUCUUGAGCAAUGGAGAGAAAAGAGGCUUUCAACGUUAGAAGUUGCUGAAAAUUUUUCAAAUUGUAACCUCUAUGUCACAUGUGAACCAUGCAUAAUGUGUGCAGCAUCUUUAUCAAUUGUUGGUAUCAAGGAAGUAUUUUAUGGCUGUGCUAAUGACAAAUUUGGUGGGUGCGGAUCAGUACUGUCAUUGCAUUCUAGUAGCUCCGAGCCAGUCAUGAGCGAUGGAGUACCACAGGGGAAAAGUUUCAAAUGCACUGGAGGGAUAAUGGCAUCAGAAGCAGUCUCUCUUUUCCGCAAUUUCUAUGAGCAAGGAAACCCUAAUGCUCCAAAGCCUCAUAGACCUCUCGUUCACCAGGCCAUAGAAUGAAUAUGUAAGGAUUUAGUAGUUUAUAGUGGCGAUUCUGUUCAAGUUCAUUUCUCUUUAGGUUUGUUAUUUUCUUUGGACAAGUUUAAUUUGCCUGGCUCAGUGCAGUCUCUGUUUCUGCAACUCUUCUGUUCUGCUCUUUUUGUGUUGGUUUCUAACUAGUUCUUGAGGUUCUCUGUUAAAAAAAGACUAGUUCUUAAGGUUUGCAGGAAGGGCUUAUAGAUGAAAGAGAAG